UGUGCUGCCAUUCAGAAAAACAGAACUGAAAAGAAAUGGCAAUGUUUGGACUACAGUACAUCUGGGACAGCAUUCUGCAGUACGAGGCCGUGCUAAGGUCUCCAUAUUUCCCAGUUCUCUUCUCAAUUACAGUCUACCUAAGCUUCUGCCUGCCUUUUGUUGUACUGGAUACCCUAUCUCCUAGGGUAGCACUGAUAAGGAGAUACAAGAUUCAACAGAAAACCACUGUGUCUUGGAAGAUGAUGUGGAGCUGCCUUGCACUCUCGCUCUACAACCAUGCCAUGUACAUCUUCCCAAUGAGUGUCCUGCACUGGUACUGGAGACCUGUCAGCUACACAGCGAUGGCACCUGGGCUCCUGCGAGUCAUCUGGGACCUUGCUGCCUGCCUGCUUCUCUUUGACUUCCAGUACUUUGUAUGGCAUCUUCUGCAUCACAAAGUACCUUGGCUCUACCGCACUUUCCAUAAGGUGCAUCACAAAUACACGUCCACCUUUGCUCUGGCCACUGAGUACUCAGGGGCUUGGGAGACUCUGUCAUUGGGUUUCUUCGCUGCUGUGAAUCCUAUGUUACUGGGGGUUCAUCCUAUGACAGAGAUGCUUUUCCAUAUGCUGAACAUGUGGCUGUCAGUUGAGGACCACUGUGGCUAUGACCUGCCAUGGGCGACACACAGACUGGUGCCUUUUGGUCUGUAUGGAGGAGCUCCGCACCAUGAUGUCCACCAUCAGAAGUUCAAAUCCAACUAUGCUCCAUACUUCACUCACUGGGACAAACUCUUUGGGACACUGCACUCUGAAUGAACUGAGCAAAUCGAACAAACUACAUGAACUGAUUUCAUCUGUCAUCUUUUGUAAAAAGUGCAUUACCAUUCUAUGAAUGAAUACUUUUGACUCUAAAACUUUUUUUUAAGUUGCUUUUUAAUUCAUGUGUUAAAUUAAUGUACUAUUUAUUUAAUAUCUGUAUUUAAAUGUGUCUAGAAAAAAUGCUAUGUCUAAG